AUGCGGGAGUUCUGCGCCAAAGGGGCCAGCACGCAGGGUGUUUUAUUGGGCUUGACAAGUGAGGGUAUUGCUUUAGGCCAGACAACCAGCACUGGGGUUCCCAUUGGAUCCACCCCAGCACCUUCCAGUACAACCAGCACUGGGGUUCCAGUUCCAUCCACCCCAGCACCUUCCAGUACAACCAGCACUGGGGUUCCAGUUCCAUCCACCCCAGCACCUUCCAGUACAACCAGCACUGGGGUUCCAGUUCCAUCCACCCCAGCACCUCCCAGUACAACCAGCACUGAGGUUCCAGUUCCAUCCACCCCAGCACCUCCCAGUACAACCAGCACUGGGGUUCCCACUGGAUCCACCCCAGCACCUCCCAGUGCAGCCCCUGCUCCAGCCUCUGCUCCCUCAGCUGCUGCUGCAACACUCUCAGCUGGACUGACAGCAACCACUGCAAGCCCUGCUGCAUCCACAGCAGCUCCAUCUGCUGAUCCAAGCACAAAAACCCCUGCCCAGACUCUGCCCUCCACCCCAGGGACUGCCCCCUCCUCCCAGACUUCAGCACUGACAGCCACAUCCAGCAGUGCCCCAGGGUCCCCUCCAGGAGUGGCCCCAUCCCCUGGGCUGCUGCCCUCAGCUGUGCCCCCCAGCACCCCCCAGGCCCCCAACUGCAGCACAGAGAAUGUGACAGCCUGUGUCCCCUGCCCCCCAGGGACAGUCCCCAGCCAAGGCGCCCUGAGCUGCUCGUGCUGCGUGGGGGGAGCGUGUGGGGACCCCGGUGCCUGCAGCCCGUGCGCCCCGGGGCAGCACCAGCCCCAGCAGGGGCAGCUCUCCUGCCUGCCCUGCCCGCGGGGCUCCUACACCAGCUUCCCAAGGAGCUCUGUGUGCCUUCCCUGCCCACCAGGACAUUUUGCUAAUGAGUCUGGGGCUGCAGCCUGCAGAGCCUGUGAGCAAGGCUAUUUUAGCUCCAAGCAAAAUGCAGCUUUUUGUCUGCCUUGCCAGCCAGGAUCAUUUUGCAACACCAGCGGCUGCUCCGGCUGCCAGCCCUGCCCUGGGGGACAGGAGGCGCCUCGGGAGGCAGCGGAGAUGUGUGAGACCUGCCCAGCAGGCACAUUCAAAGGUGCCAGUGACAACAGAUGCAAGGCCUGCAGGACAGGAGAGUACCAACUGCAGCGGGGCAAGGAGAGCUGUGAGCUGUGCCCAGAAAAUCACUACUGCCCUAGCCCAGAUGUGAAGCCAGUGAAGUGCCCCCCUGAUGCCUUCUGCCCCCGGGGCAGCGUGGAGCCCACCUACUGCAUGGAGCUGUUCCUGUACAAGGCAGGGGACUCCUGCCAGCUGACCCCUGCCACGGUCAUUGUCCUGGCCACCUUCUCAGCAGGUGGAAUCCUCGUUGUGUUUCUGAUAAUCCUGAGGAGGCGAUGGGAGCAGGGCAGGAGCUCCCUGAAGUCGCCGCUGCUGCCGCGGGGCUCGGGGCCCGGCUCCUACGGGGGCACGGAGCACACGGAGCACACGGAGCCCGUCUAUGCUGGCUGGUAG